AUGUCGCGGCUGGAGUGGACGCGCGAUUUCCUCCAGUCAAAUGUGUACGAGAUGAUCAUGGCCGUCGUCCUUUGCAUCAACGUCUUUUGGAUGGCCUUGGACUUGCAAUUCACUGGCACAGUCGCAGCGCACGAGUAUGGCAUCUAUGAGGGGGAGUUCUUGGAUGGAGAAACUCUGACGACGUUCAAGACGGCGUUUUCUGUGGGCGACGUAACCUUCACCGUCAUCUUCCUGGUUGAUGUCUUGCUGCGGAUAUCGCUGUUGCGCUGCGCUUUCUGGAAGCAGUGGAUGAACUACGUCGACUUAGGCGUGGUGAUCACAUCCCUAGUGGAGCUCUCAGUUGUCCACGCAACCACGAUGCCGGUGAAUCCCGUCUUGUUCAGGCUGCUGCGCAUCGGCAAGCUGGCCCGGGCAUUCCGGAUGGUGCAUAUGACCUCCGUUUUGGCAUCUCUUCAGUUGCUGGUCAAGUGCCUGUCGUCGAGCGCGAACAUGCUUUUUUGGAGCUUUCUACUGCUGACCUUCGUGCAGUGUGUGGCGGGCCUGGUCAUAAGCACCCUUUGCCUGGACUUCAUCGCUGAUGAGUCCAUCAACGUGAGCGUGAGGGAGGAAGUCUUUCUCCUCUAUGGUACGUUUACCAGGACUUUCCUCACGAUGUUUGAAGUGCUCUUCGCGAACUGGGGGCCAGCCUGCAGGGUGUUGAUGGAAAGUGUGAGCGAGGGCUUUUCGCUGUUCUUUCUCUUGUACCGAUGCGUUCUCGGCUUUGCGGUAUUGAACAUCAUCAACGCCGUCUUUGUGCAGCAAACCAUGAGAACGGCAGCCUCCGAUGAGGAGAUCGCCUUCAAGCAGAAGGAGAAGGAUAUCCAAGCUUACACCAGGAAAGUGAAGAAGCUCUUCCAGACAAUGGACGCGUCGGGGGAUGGUGCCAUUAACCUCUCGGAGUUCUCGAAGCUUGUCCAAUCUCCCAAGCUGAAAUUCUGGAUGGGGCAGCUCGAGCUGGAGUACCACGACUUGCUGAGCCUCUUUGAGUUUCUGGACAAUGGUGAUGGCGAGAUCACACUUAUGGAGUUCAUUGAUGGGGCGGCCCGGCUCCGGGGAAGCGCAAAGGCCCUUGACAUCUGGCGCGUGGAGACCAAGGUCGAGGUGCUCUUUGAGGAGGUCUUGAAGCUCUUGCAGCCGAACACGGAAUCUGUAGGUUUGCAGAGCGUGCAGAAAGUCUUCAACAACUCAUCGUACAGCCACAUCAAGACCACACAGCUGGUUCGGCAAGUCUCAUAG